AUGAAUGAUCCCAAAAUCGACGAUCUCCGGUUGCCUAUGGCUGUUCUGAAUCGUGUUAUGAAAACCGUUCUUCCUAGUGGUGCUGCUGUAUCUAAGGAUGCAAGGACCUAUAUUAUGCGUGCAUCCUCAGUGUUCAUACUCUAUAUUUUAUCGCAAGCUGAAGAGCAUGCUAUGUCGAAGAAAAGAAAAACAGUGAAUGUGGAAGACGUUAUGUUUGUUUUGAAAGCAAACGGAUUCGAUACAAUUUACGAAUCUAUGAACAACGCUUUCGAUGCUUACAAGGCUUCACGACCCUCGAAAAUCCUUAAAACAAAGGGUCCCAAGCGAGAUGAACGUCCCAGUGCUCCCAAUCCGAUCGAGCGAGUGAAGGAUAUCGUACUUUUGGGACAGGGAUCUGAUGCUGGAGAUAUUGAAGACAUAAUCAAUUAG